UUAUCAAGCGGUGGAAUAUAUGCGACUGGGACUAGACCCAACGAUGGCAUGUCAGAAGGUUAUUUCUAGAAUCCAGAAAUAUCACCCUUAUUUCUUUGGUGCUGUUAUUUGUGCCAACACAAGUGGAAGCUAUGGCGCUGCCUGCAAUAGAGUCCCAGGAUUCACACAGUUCCAUUUUAUGGCUUCUAACCCUAUUCUGAAGCAGCCAUCUGAGCAAAUAAUAGACUGCAUUUAACUUUUUUUCCAUCCCUUCUUCUCUUAAUGGAAGUCCCUAAACUCAACCCAGUGGAAGAAAUGAAGACUCUCAAUUUAAUCCUAAUAUACUCUUGGAAUUAAACUGCACUGCGUUCAGUAGAAAUUAUUUCUAUCUAAGUUUGUUAUACAAAUAAAUGAGUAGAUUAGGUUCAGUCAAGUUGAACAAAAGCAUAAAACAACUUUUCUUAAUGACUUUCUGAGCUACUUUUUGCAUUAACAUUCAUUUUUAAAGAUGCUUUGUAAAAUUAGAGAACUUAAUGAUUUUCCCCCUAAGUUAAGUCUCUGUUCUCUAUUUUGCAUGAUAUUCUAAUAUAAGAGAAACCAAUCCUCAAAUAGACAAAAUGUAGCCAUUGCUUAAAUUGUUUACCAUUUUACCCUUAAAAUAAAUUCUUGUGUAGACUUCAAAAAGCAAGGGCCAAUAAAUUCAAUUUUUCUUUACAA